AUGGUACCCCGCAAGGUGUACAAUAUGUGUCAAGGGCAGACAGUAACCUCAGAGUUAGCUCUUGACUCGUCGCAAUGUCCACAGAAAGUCUUUCAUAAACUGUUCGAGAGUCAUCAUGCGUCGCAUACAUACGAUGGCGUGGAAGAAUCAGAUGUCGACAAAUCAUCGGAAUGGGAAUCGUUGAAUGAGCUGCAGAAAGCUCACGCUUGCGGGAACUUUGGGUCUACCGAAACGAGUGAUCUAUUUCUAAAGGUUUAUCAUGACGCGCUAUGUUCUUUAGAAAAAAACCCAAUGUCGGGAGUUGUAUCGCCCCAACUGCUGGGGAGUACAGGAGUGCUACCACUAACAAUUGUCGCCCCGUUACCUGAUCUCUGUCGUCAUUUAGCAAAUUGCAUUGUGCGCGCCGAACACGAGGUCUUUUUGGGGACUAAUUUCUGGAUCCACUCGGACGCAUCCACAUUAGUGACGAAUGCCAUUCGAGAACUUUCCAAACGAGCAGGAGAAAGGGGACAGAAAAUAGUUAUGAAGAUGAUCUAUGAUCGUGGAGAUCCUCGUCAGGCGUGGGAAAAUAGACUAAGUGUCCACGAGGACCAGUAUGUCGGCGGAAAGGUGAAACUACCUGCCGCGAGCGAGAUCCCUAAUGUCGAUCUCCAAGUCAUCAACUUUCACCGGCCUGUCUUUGGGACGUUCCAUGCAAAAUUCACUGUUAUUGAUCGGCGCAUGGCUCUCAUACAAAGCAGUAAUAUCCAAGACAACGACAACCUUGAGAUGCUAGCUCAUAUCGAGGGCCCGAUUGUUGAUUCUUUCUAUGAUACUGCGUUGCUAUCCUGGGGAAAGGCUCUCGACCCCCCGUUCCCACUCCUGAACUCUCCAGCGAGGGAUGCUCCGAUCCCAUGCCACGAAGAAAGGAAGGUUGAUCUUCCUACAGAGAAUGGAGAUAGAGCUCUUCCUGAGCAUACUACCGAUUCUCCACAUUAUGAUAGGGACUUUGAACAAGAGGCCCGGAGAGUCAACGAUUGUAUCCACCCACAAGGUGACGAAACACGCACGCAGGCCGUCAGCCGUCAUCUCAAUACAACCAUCCAGCCCGACACAACAGGCGAUGCACCAGACAGCGACCAGGAUAAUACAUUCAACCCUUAUAUGACCAUACCUCGCCACGAGCCUUUCGCAAUGGCAUUAGUAAACAGGGAACCAUUCGGAUCCCCAAACCACAGCAGCGUCCACACCCCGCAAAACGCAGCGUGGCUGUCCGCAAUUAACAACGCCCAGCAUUCAAUCCUCAUUCAAACGCCAAACAUGAACGCCGAGCCUUUAAUGGAACCCCUCCUCAACGCGGUUCGCCGCGGCGUCGUGGUAACCUGCUAUCUCUGUCUUGGCUACAACGACGCAGGCGAGCUCCUCCCGUUCCAAAAUGGAACCAACGAAAUGAUUGCGAACAGGCUGUACAAAGCCCUCGAAACUGACGACGAGAAAUCUCGUCUACGGAUAUGCUAUUAUGUCGGCAAGGACCAAACUCGUCCGAUUCAUAAUAGCUUCAAGAAGCGGAGCUGUCAUAUUAAGCUGAUGAUCGUUGAUGAGCAGAUUGCGAUUCAAGGCAAUGGAAACCUUGACACCCAAUCAUUCUUCCACAGCCAGGAAGUGAAUGUCCUUAUUGAUUCCGCGCUCAUUUGUUGUGCUUGGACGGAGUUGAUCAAUCGCAACCAAAACACUGCCAAAUAUGGCGCUGCAAGUACGAAGGAUGGGUGCUGGCAUGAUCCCGAGACUGACGAGAUUCCGGCGGGUUCAAUGGGGCCUAUACCGGUCGACAUAGUAACCUAUGUCUACCACCACACCCUCAACCAAGACGACGAAGCGAUCUGGAAAUGCGCGCGAACAGCCCUGCUAGACGCAAUGGGCUGCGCCAUCGAGACAGCAGCGACAAGCACCGAAUGCCGAAAACUGCUCGGUCCCGUGAUCGAGGGCACAGUCGUACCGGGUGGAUUCAAGGUCCCAGGAACGGAGUUCCAGGUCGAUCCCGUGAAGGGCGCUUUCGAUCUGGGUGUCCUGAUUCGGUACUUGGAUCAUAAUGAUGCGCUUGGUGGUGAGGAGUGGGGACAUCCUUCAGAUAAUCUCGGUGCUAUACUUCCAGUCAUGGAUUGGCUGUCUCGUGCAAGUUUGUCUGGUCGACGGGUCCACGGUGGUCCGCCGUUGACGAUGCAGACGCUGCUUGUCGCGCUAGUCAAAGCGUAUGAGAUACAGGGGUGUUAUCAAAUGCGAAAUGCGUUUAACGUCUAUGGAAUCGACCAUGUCGUGCUGGUUAAGUUGGCUUCUGCUGCUGUUGUUUGUUGGUUGCUAGGGAUGACGGAUGAACAAGCUAUGGCGACUAUUUCUCAUGUUUGGAUGGAUGGCCAUCCGAACCGGGUGUAUCGAUCCGGCACAAACACUAUCCCGAGGAAAGGGUGGGCAGCUGGAGAUGCGGCCAGAAGAGCUGUGCAGUUGGCUCUACUGGUGCAGGACGGCCAGCCUGGUUCGACAGGGGCAUUGAGCGCGAACCCAUGGGGGUUCUGGGAAAGGACCUUUGGCGAGGCGGGAUUUGUACUUCCACGACCAUUUGGGUCGUGGACGGUACAGAAUGUGCUGUUAAAAAGUAUGCCAGUAGAAGGACAUGCGAUCUCGGCUGUGGAAGCAGCAGUUUUGCAGGCGCGUCGAUUUCGACACAGAGGUCUGGCCGAUCCUCUAGAACAGAUCCAGCGAAUAGAUCUGCGAACGACUGCUGCUGCCUUUCUGAUCGUCAACAAACAUGGGCCGCUGCACAACGCUGCUGACCGUGACCACUGCAUUCAGUAUGUGGUCGCCCUGGCUUUCUUAAAGGGUAGUCCGCCAGAGGCUGUGGACUAUUUGGACGAAAGCCCAUGGGCGAGUAGUAAGGAACUUGAAGCCUUGCGAUCAAAGAUCGUGGUUCAGUCCGACCCUAAGCUCACAGAGGACUACUUGGAUCUAGACAAGAAGAGUAUCGGUGCAGGGAUGACGGUCCACUUGGCAGAUGGGUCCUCAUUGCCUCAAAUAUUGAUUGAAUAUCCCGUAGGACAUGCGCGAAAUCCCAAAACACCAGCUGCGGUACAGGAGAAGUUUUUCCAAAAUAUGGGGCUUAUAUUCUCUGCGACAGAGAUCAGUCGGAUAUUGGGUGCUGUUCAAAACCCAGAUACUUUGAUCUCGGAUUUCAUGGAUCUGUUUAUCCAGCUACCAGCCAAGGCAAGGUUGUAG